GGUACCUAUGUUCUGUUUUAAUAAUUAUAGAUACAAAUGAAAUAAUUUUGACUUAUGGAAAAUGUAGAUGAUGCUGACUUGGAGGAUAAGAUAUAAUGUUGCUGAGUCAUUUUUGUCAUCAUUUUGUGUACUGAAGCGAUGCUCUAGUUCAGUAGUGUCGGAUGUCUCUGGAAAUAAGUAUGGUUAUAAAAGCGGCAAAAGCGAUAGUUUUGAUAAGCGGGACAAAACUUUAGAAGGUUCAUUUCACAUUGGGAUGGUAAAUCUUCCUGCACACUUAAAAGAUUCUUUGGAGCUUUUUUACAAAGGAAAACCCAGAAAACAAAUUACCAAUGAUGGAUUAAGGCUGUUUCGUCAUUUAAGAAAUCGUGGAAGACCAUCACAUACCACAUGGACAAAGUACAAGUCUCAAAUGAAAGGCAAGAAAGUCGAAAGAUCUGAUGUUAAAGCAUUUUCACUCAAUGAGGCUGUAAAAGCUGGACUUGUUGAUGAAGAACUUGUGGAUGAAGAAGAAAUCAAGGCUGAGAGUCCCACUCAAGGGGAGCGAAUGAAGCGACCACAACUUGCUGAAUAUUCUAUGGUGAGGUAUGGCUCACGAGAAACGAAUGCUUAUGUUGCUUCUCAGCUUCCAUCUGUUUAUGGCGGCACCCUUCGUGCUUUGUCAGAGAUAAAAAAACGUUUACCAGGCUACGAACCAAGAACUAUUCUUGAUUUUGGAUCUGGUUCAGGAAUGUCAGUGUGGGCUGCAAAUGAACUAUGGGGAAAUAGUAUCAAUGAAUAUCAAUGCGUUGAUGUGUCUGAAGAUAUGAAUAACACUGCGGAAUUUCUUCUUCGGGGUAGUUCUGACAUUAACACACCUCUGAAGAUUCCAAAUGUGUAUUUCAAAAGGUUUCUACCACUCUCAAACCAGGUUAAAUACGACAUUGUGAUAGCGUCUCACACAUUAACCGAAAUGCCAUUCCGAUCCCAAAGAAUACAAGCUAUAAAGAGUUUAUGGCAGAAGACAAACGAUUUUUUAGUGAUAGUUGAGCCUGGUAAUAACGAAGGAUUUGAUACAACUUUACAAGCCAGACAAUUUAUUACACAGGAACCGAAUGAAAAUGACGAUGAAUAUCUAGAGAAUUUUGAGAAUUUAUUUGAUGAUAUCUAUGAAGAUCAGGAUGAGAGUGGACAUAUAUUUGCACCUUGCCCACACGAAAUGGUUUGUGCACGCACAUAUGUUGAGACGAGAGACCAUCCAUGCAACUUCGUACAGAAAGUUCAACUUUCAUUUUCUCAGAGAAACUUGAAGAGUUUUAAGAAAUAUGGUUACUUUCAAGAACGGUUUUCAUUUUUAAUCUUGCGUAAAGGAGAAAACACAGAUCGAGGAGGUUGGACACGAGUCUUGCAACCAAUCAAGAAUCGUCACCGACACGUUAUUUGCGAAUUAUGUUGCAGUAACGGUAACAUAGAAAAACACAUUAUCACCAAAGGGAAAGAUCCGUAUAUUUACAAAGCGGCACGUCACUGUCUCAAAUGGGGCGACAUAAUGCCGUUAAGCGAAGCAAAACGUCCAAUGAACAUCCGUAAAGCGAUUCCACCUGGAGAAGAGUAACUGUGAUGUAGGAAGAUAGCGAUGAUGUUGUGUUUCGUUUCGAUGGCGUGUGAAAUCUAAUGACACUUGAGAAUGCCUUUAUAACGAAUAUAAUUUACAGAAUAGGUUUCAGAUGUUCGCUAUUGUUCAGUUAUUAUAAAUAACCAAAUCUAUUUAGGAAAAUAUUUGGCUUAUAAUCCAUAAAACAGUUAAAAAAUUCAGUGCAUUUUUGGAUUCUGUGCUUCCACAAAAACUGUAUGAAUUUUAAUAACAGCCAUUUUACACUAUGGUACUGUUUUUUAUCUACAAGAAUGCGUGCAGAUGCGCGACAAUCAAACAAUGUACGCAAUGGCGAGUCAUCUAUAAAAACCUAGUUUAUCAGAACUAUAAAACUGAUAUUUUCAAAAAAAUUAAGAACGCCGUUCUAAAUCUUUUAUGAAAAAAAGUAAGUCGAAUACUCCUAUUUAAAAAUUCAAUACGAAAACGAGACAACGCAUGGAAUUGAGACCAAGGCUGCUAAAAAAACUCAUUUUUUUAAGCCGGGCACAACAAAGUUGAAUAAAAUAUCAGGUUCACGCUGUAAUAAAAAAUAUCUAUUUUGCCGUAAAAUUUUAUGAUAUCUCCAUAAUAUUGCUUGUGUUGAUGACAAUCCCCAUAAAAAAACGAAGAUAUGACAACUAAAAUAGCUCAAAUUGCUAAUUAUUAGUUGUUCAACUAACUAAUAUUACUAAUAUGAUUUCGCUGUCUUUCUCCAUUUACCAUAAUAUACUCGCAAGUUGAGCAGUCAUAAGCAGCGCAUUCACGACCUACACAUCCGUUUGCCUUUUUCUUUAGGUUCUCGUCCGCCUUCUUAUUUGUUUAUUCAGCCUUAGCCUCGAUUUCACGCCGAACAACUAUUACGCAAUCAAAUUUAUGAAUAGGAGUAUCCUAAAAUCUGAGAAAGAAUUGUUUUUUGAAACGUGUGGUGUAAAUAUUAAUGUUGUGUGGCGAUCAAUCCUCAGGAUUAAAAUUUUGAAAUUGUACCUCGGUGAUUCUUAGAGCCUGAUUAUAUGAGGCGAGUUGGCUCGGUGUUGGCUCGUCACAUGCUCAGCAUGAUAAAAUCAACAGCAUAACAUAAUGGCAGAUCUCCACUAAAAAUAUUUGAGAUUAUAUGAGGUGAGUCAACCCGCCUAGGCGAGCUGGCUCAUUAUAUGAUAUCAUAAUUUAUGUGUCAUAAUUAAAGUGUGAUAUUUAUUUAUUAUGAUUUAUGCAUCAUAAUAAUUAAAUAUAAAAAGAAAUCUUCGAAUGUAAUUAUAUAAUGGAAACCAGAAGAUAGGGCCGGCGAAAUCGGGGUCUUUGUAACGCACAAAUAUACGAACCUUUUGACAGGUGGCUAGCUAAACUUUUUUGUAAUUUUGAAGAUUUAUAACGUAAACAAAUUAUAAGAAUUAAAUAUAGUCCUAGUCUUUUAA